CAUGGAUGCAUUUCGUGACAUCUAGAAGAUUAGACCGACCCUCAACGAGCACGUGAUCUCGGGAACAGUCUCCGAGAGCGAUCAACCCCGCUCGCCGCCGAUUAUCAAGUCAAUUCAACCUCAAGUUUCGGAGAAUAAUGUCAAGCAAACACUAUCCUAGCUCAGCUCAGCUAUCAAGACGGCACUAGCAUUCAACGACCCAGGUAGUCUUACUGUACACGAUCUAGGAUGUUACCGACUCGUAACGCCAACAAGGGCGCCAUGACCGCACUCGUCAAAUCGGCACAUAGCCGGAUACCACGGCCGGCUGGCGCAAUCCAGAGAUUAGCUAUGCUCAAUUCGACGAGCAAGGCAAAGUUAUCGACAAACUCUUUCAGCUCUGGACCGGAAUCGCGGGUGACGACCUUGCCCAACAAGAUUCGAGUGACGACAGAAACGACGCCGGGUCAUUUCCACGCACUUGGUGUGUAUAUCGAUGCAGGUAGUCGGUAUGAGAGUCCAGCAAGCAGUGGAGUCAGCCAUCUAAUGGAUCGAAUGGCCUUCAAGACCACCUCCGAGUAUACUUCUUCCGAGAUGUCAAACCUGAUCGAUUCGCUGGGAUCCAAUAUCCACUGCUCAUCAUCACGGGAAACCAUCAUGUACCAAUCUACCAUCUUCCCCUCAGACCUCCCUCAGGCUCUCAAAAUCAUGUCGUCCUCGAUCUUGCGCCCACUCCUCUUGCCCGAAGAGUUGGAGGCGCAAAAGGACGCUGCGGCAUACGAGAUCAGGGAGAUCUGGGCCAAGCCUGAUAUGAUCUUGCCAGAGAUCUUACAUACCGUGGCUUUCCAGGGCAACACCCUUGGUAUGCCCCUCUUAUGUCCCGAGGAUCGCUUGGACCUGAUCACCGAGGACACAUUGCGAGCGUAUAUGAGCGAAUGGUACCGACCGGAGAGGAUGGUUGUUGCCGGAGUAGGGAUGGCGCACGAGGAGCUCGUCCGUCUGACGGAACAGGCUUUCGGGUCGAUGGACACGACCUACCCCUUGGUUUCGUCCGUCUCGUCAAGCAAGACGCUUCACCCUUCAAAGACGGCAUCCCAACCGGCCUUUUCGAAAUCGUUUGCGACGCUGCAGGACGGUCGUGCGGAUGCGUCGGGUAGUCAGGGGCUUGUUAAUGCAAAAGCUCAGUAUACGGGAGGAGAGCUGUACUUGAACAAGCCAGAGGACGAGUUUGUACACGUCUACGUCGCUUUCGAGGGUUUGGGUAUCCAUGACCCCGAUAUCUAUGCUUUGGCGACGAUGCAGAUGCUGCUAGGAGGAGGAGGCAGUUUCUCUGCCGGGGGACCAGGAAAGGGGAUGUACUCGAGGUUGUACACCAACGUCCUGAACCAAUACUACCGGGUCGAUUACUGUGCCGGCUUCCACCACUGUUACGCCGAUUCAGGCCUCUUCGGUAUCGCCGCUUCGGUACAGCCAGACUUUGCCGGUUCUAUCGGGAACGUCAUCGGGUACCAACUCGAUAGUCUCACGCGAGCCAUGCGAGGAGGUGUGACACCGACCGAGCUGAGCCGAGCGAAGAACCAGUUGAAGAGCAGCCUUGUUAUGGCGCUUGAGAGCAGGAGCGUCGAAGUUGAGGACCUCGGAAGGCAGACCCAGAUUCACGGCAAGAAGGUUCCCGUACACGAGAUGUGCGCCAAGAUCGAUGCCGUCACGCUAGAAGACAUUCAUCGAACCGCCACGCGCGUGUUGCGACCGGCAGAGCGACCCACCCAGGCACUCAAUUACGGACUAGGAUCAGGCGAACCUACCGUCGUCGUCCAGGGACCUCUGGACAACCUCGGGAACCUCGACUUGAUGAGCACCUUGAGGCAAUGGGGUUUGGGCAAGGGAGGUCUAGCACCCAAGGCCUGGAUCAGGUAGAACUUGAUGAUGAGACGAAAACGGCCAGGGGCCAAAGUAGAAAAGUGGCAGUGCAGUGGGCGUUGUUAUAGUUGUAACCAUAAAUGUAGCAUAUCAACAUCACGAUUCUCAGACCGUGC